UCACUAUCUGGGGAGACAGCCCAGGAGGAAUUAAAGAUUAUGAUUAGCUCAUUACAUACGCCCAAGAUUACAGUGAAGAGAAAGAUUAACUAGUUCUCUCAAGGUAGCAAGCUAGAGAAGAAGAGAUUGGAAUGGAAGGGCAGUUUGGUUGGGGGAGAGAGGAGGUAGGGUGGAAGAAAGGGCCAUGGACAGCGCAGGAAGACAAGCUGCUGGUCGAGUGUGUGAGCCAGCAUGGGGAAGGGAGGUGGAAUUCUGUUGCCAAGCUGACUGGUCUGAAGAGAAGCGGCAAAAGUUGCAGGCUUCGGUGGGUGAACUACCUGAGGCCUGACCUCAAGAGAGGCAAGAUCACACCACAGGAGGAGAGCGUCAUACUUGAGCUGCACGCCCUCUGGGGAAACAGGUGGUCGACGAUCGCGCGCAGCCUGCCGGGGAGGACGGACAACGAGAUCAAGAACUACUGGCGGACGCACUUCAAGAAGGGCAAGCCGUCCAAGAAUAUCGAGCGCGCGAGGGCGCGGUUCCUCAAGCAGCGCCGCGAGAUGCAGAGCCAGCUGCUGCAGGGACAGGAGCAACAGCAGAAGCAACCCGAUCACGACGACGCUAUCAGAGAGGCAGCGCCGGCAGCUGCACCGGCGCAGCACGAGGAAUUGCAGAUGAUGCAGUGUUUGCAGCAGGGCGACAUCGACGACCUGCUGUACCAGUUCUGCCCCAUGUCCUCCUUCUCCUCCUCUUACCUCCUCCACGGCGGCAGCGCCACCACCGUCAGCGCGUCGGCCAGCGAGGGGUCUAGCGAGGAUCAGCUUGACGGAGGCGCUAAGUGGGGGUGGGGCAGCCUGUGGAACCUCGACGACGUGGUGGAUGACUUCGAUGGCGGCGCUUGCGGCUGGGAUAGCCGUAUGAUCGAAAAUGAUGACCAGAAGGAGGUGGCGCUUUAGCAACUUUUUACGAAAUAAAUGACUUUCUCAUAUUUUGAAUCACUCAACUUACCUCAAACU